AUGAUUUAUAUGCAUGCAGUGGAACACUGCAGUGAUAAGGAGACUGGGGAAGACUCAUGUGUGAUGUUACGAGUCAAUCUCUACAAUAUGCUGAGGGAGAAAAAGCUACUGAAUAGUAAACAUAUUCUGAUGCUUCUUCGUAUGCCUGCAUGCUCAGCCCCUUCAGUUGUAUCCAACUCUUUGCGACCCCAUGGACUGUGUAUCCCACCAGGCUCCUCUAUCCAUGGGAUUCUCCAGGCAAGAAUACUGAAGUGGGUUGCCAUUUCCUUCUCCAGAGGGUCUUCCCGACCAGGGAUGGAACCUGGGUCUCCUGUAUUGCAGGCAGAUUCUUUACCCUCUGAGCCACCAGGGAAGGUUAUAUGUGUAUAUACAUACAUAUAUUCACACACACAUGUGCCAGACUUUGGUCUAAGAGAAUUUGACUUACAGGGAGCUGUUAACUUUUAG